GAGCUUGUAGCAGCGAGACGAUGGCCAAGGGAGCGAAGGCGGAGGACGCGCCCGCCGCGAGCGCCGAGGUGCUGAGCGUCCCCAUCCUGGAGACCGUCAAGGCCGCGCAGCUGCAGAACGGCCUGCGCCACCGCGACUUCCAGCGCUACCGCCAGUACUGCACGCGCCGGCUGCGGCGCAUCCGCAAGUCGGUCAAGUUCACGCACGGCAAGGGCAAGCAGUUCGUGAACAAGAAGGUGGACGCCGAGUCGGCCACCGAGAACCGCCUGCUGUACCUGCCGCUGUACAAUGCCGAGCGCGCGUGGGGCUACGCCAUGCAGCUCAAGGAGGACGACAACCUGGACAAGUCGGAGAACGGCGACGACGCCAACUCGCGCAUCAAGUUCCACCUGAACGGCCGCCUGCGCAAGGCCGCGGACUGGAGCCAGCGCCUGGCCGAGAUCUGCGCCGUCCGCGCGGACGCGCGCACGAGUCUCGAGGCGGAGGCGUACGCCGCGUACAUGGCCGGCAACCUGGCCUUCCACCGCGAGGAGCACGUGGCGGCGCUUGAGAAGUUCAACACGGCGCGCCGCAUCUACUCGGACCUGUCGCAGGUGGGCACGUCCUCGCAGAAGGAGCUGUUCUCGCGCUCGGCCGACGAGCUGCAGCCGUUCAUCCGCUUCUGCGAGCACAGGUUGGCGCUGCAGGGACGCUCGGCCAGCUCGGCGGAGACGUCGUCGUUGGAGCUCCAGUCGAGCGGAGAUGGCGCGAACAAUGCGCUGCUGCAGUCCAAGAUCGACUUGGUGUUGCUUGAGGCGCGCAAGCAGAAGGUGGCAAACCUCGGAUCCGUGGAGUGGAAGCAGCAGCAGCUAACGGUGCCCACGCAGGAGCUGGGUAUGGCGGUGGUUCGCACUGAUGAGCUUGCUGCCAAGCUGGAGGCUGCGCGCGAUGAUAAGGCCCGUGAAGCGCGCUUCCUGGAGCUGCUGAGUGCGUACGACGCUCUUCUGCAGGCUUUGAAGAACGCGACGCUGAAGCUGGAGCAGCAGGCGAAGAGCGGCAGUGCGCUGGUGCACUCUGACUUGGAGCUGCUGGCUGCACUGGAGGAGUACACGCGCUUCAGGAAGCUGACCAAGCAGGUGGAGCGCCAGGCUGCAGUGUACCACACGCUCAAGCAGCGCUUCUCGGCGCAGCAGGCCGGCGAGCUCACGCAUAUUCUAGACAUGCUCGUGCAGACUGUGGGCGACAUUCUGUCCAUCCCUGGGCUUCGUGAACAGGAGCAGCGCCGUGCCGCCCAGUACAGCGCCUAUCAUGCUGUGUUCCGCGCGUGCCGUGCGUCCACCGUUGCGCAGACCUAUCUCCUUCAGAACAAGUUUGCCGAGGCGUUGGGUCUGUACCAGUACGCGUCGACCUUCCUCACCGAAGCAGAGGAGAUUCUGGCCGCGCAGCCUGCGGCCAAGGACGACUUGCUGCAGGAGUUCACGCGUGAGCUGCAUGAAGAGCUCGCGGGUGCUUUGAGUCGUACGACGGCGCAGAGCUUCCUCGAAUCCUCAACGCGGGCCGAUGCCAUGCGUAUCGAGCUGGAGCAGCUCUCAUUGGCGACUGAGGAUGGUAAGAAGAGCAAGAAGGACGCGAAGAAGCGCAAGAAACGCCAGAUCAGCGCGCUGGUGGACCGUCAGGACAAGUUUGAGGCCGGCUCGAUCGAGGGCCAUCGCGAGUUGGUGAAGCUGCCGCCCGAGUUCCGCGCCGUGCCGUGCAAGCCGCUGCUGUUCGACGUGGCGUUCAACGAGCUCGAGUUCCCGGACCUGACGGAGCGCACCAAGACAGACGAGGAGAAGGCCGCGGAGGCUGCUGCGGCAGGUGGCAACGAGUCCGGUGGUGGCGGCUUCUUCGGCUGGUUCCGCAAGUAACCUUAGAGCUGGAAUUGAUCUAGUGGGAAGGCGCUGGUUCUGCAGAGCAGCACAUGUGAGAGGUAUGAACAGCGUCGUAGGUCGACAAAAGAGGUGUGAACGCGCUUUUUUUUCAUACCCGCACGGCAAGAGUAAAACACUUUAGAACAUUAGGAUGUUCCUCUUCUCUUU